AUGAGCACACUUAUCACACUCAUCACAGGUGGCAAUCAAGGGAUUGGAUUCGAAACUGCCAAAAAUCUCGUUUUCUAUAGCUCAUCCUACCAUGUUAUUCUCGGUAGCCGCGACUUGCAUCGCGGCGAAGCUGCCAUGAAGAUGUUGUCUGCGCUUCCAGACAUCAAGGGGACUGUGUCGGUCGUUCAGCUUGAUGUGACGGAUGAUGCCAGUGUUGAUGCUGCUGCAGCUUCCAUCAAGGAUUCGUACGGCCGCCUUGAUGUUCUGGUCAACAGUUCUGGCAUAUUUGAACCUGGCAAGCCACGAAUUGUUGCUCGCAAAAUUUUUGAAACGAAUGUCGUUGGGUACAUAAAUGUCACCGAAGCUUUCUUACCGCUUUUGCAUGAAGCACCCUCUCCGAGAUUGGUAUUCUUAUCGAGCAGCCUAGGAUCGCUUACACACGCCUCCAAUCCUGAAAGUAGGUACUAUACACCAUUGGGGACCGAAUAUCGUGCGGCCACUGCGGCGCGCAACAUGAUUAUGAACCAGUAUUGGGUGCGUCUUCAAAAGGAAGGCAAUGGACAGUUUAAAGUUCAUGGAGCCGAUCCUGGCUUGGUGGUUACUAAUUUGGCUGAAACUCCGGAACGGUUGAGGGCUCGAGGAGCAGCUGAGCCAGAUGUCGGAGGAGAGCGUGUUGCUUCCAUCAUUAAAGGGGAGCGUGAUGCCGACGUUGGUCUUGUUUGCGGGGUGUACGGGGUAUCACCUUGGUAG